AUGCAGCCUACCUGGGAGUCCCCCGAUUUCUACCUAGCAAGCCUUUCUCUCCAUAACCAUACCCAUCCUCAGACCCACCCUCAGACCCAACAGCUCUAUUCCUUCUGGAAUUCCAUAUUACUUUCCCCAUAUUUACCUCAUCAUCCCCCUUCACCUCAGUCGGACGCUAGUUCGUCCCCUUCAACUUCAACCACCUCGAUAACACCACCCCUUCCGCCUCCUAGACGUCCGCAGCAAGCUCUACACGUCAUUUGCAAUGCCCCCAUAAUAGCCCCCAAGCCCCUGCCCUACCACUCACCCACUUUUCUAAAGUUUGAGCUUCUCCCAGACAUUGAGGAAGACCUUUCGCAUCCCCCUUACAUACAGCGUCCUUCCAAACGAAAACGCGAAAACGGCGAUAGUUCCGAUGAGUUCGUCACCCGGAAGCGACGGACGAAAGACAUAGCUGGUCCUCCACGCCCACCCAGUGUGUAUCAGCGCGACAGCACGGUGAUGAAGCACCGCCAACGCAAAUUAGCGUCACGCGGAACGACAGCAAACCCACAGCUUACUUCAGACUCCCACUCCAACCGUUUUCCAACUCACCGGGCACGCCGAUAA